AUGUUUCCGUUCAUCGACUCGCGGUACGAUCUGGAGGUAGAGUAUGCAGACAGCGGUUUCUGUGAGGAGUACCCUUCAGAUUGGGAGUGUUACUUUGACUGGAUUCCUCCUCUAAACAGGAAGCGACGUCCUGCCGGAGAUGGCACCUUCUGCAGUUCACCUGACUCUUCCCCUUUAAGAGAACGCAAAGAUCCUCUCUCCACACGGUCAGAUCUUCAGUUGCCACGACUUUCAACGUCAACUCCGGUACAUUCAGCGCCAGUUUCAUCAACUUCUCGGUCUGUGUCUUCUCUACCUCCUGCACCUGGAACAGAACCUCUUGGUGCCUACCUUCUACGGCGGUUCCUAGAAGGUCAGGACAGUAAUGCUAUUGCUGCUAACCGUGCUCGUUCAUCGUAG